AUGCCACCCAAGAAGAAACAAGCGGUGAAAGAAACCCCAUAUGUAUCACCAAAAGCCCCAACACCAGAAUAUACCCAACCAAAUGUUGGGGAAGAUCAAAAAGAGGAAGAAGAAACGGAAGUGAUGGAGAAGUCGGGAGACAACAAGACCCUUGAGCGAAUGGAGAACGAUAUAGUAGAACUUCACCGAAGAAUGGCCCAACUCAACCGCAAGUUGACCUUGACGAGUCAGUCUGCAGAUCUAGUAUGUCCGGGGGAAAUCAUCGAAGCGUUAGCGAAGGUAGAGGAGGAAACCGACAGAUUCAAAGGGGAGAAAGAGGUAUCGGUAUACCAAGCGAUUGCAGCCCAACAAGCAUACACGGAAUCCCUCACGUUGACUUUUGGACCCCCAGCGGGAAUGUUGUACAAAUUGUUGCGAUUUUCCAUCCAAUCCGAGUUCCGACACUUGUCAAGAGUGGAGCAAUCGGCGAAAAUGUUGUCACCAAACCAUCAUGUUUACAAGGAACUUCGAACAGUUUCAGCGUUGGUAUGGGAGGUGAUCAGCGACAGGAAUCUGGCCUCGGAUUGGGUGAUAAGCAUUCGGGAAAGCGUCCGGAUCACCAUGGAAAAAGGCUACAAGUUGGUGUUUUCAGAGCUCCUGGAGAUGGUGGUUGGGGAUGAAAUGGUUUCGAGAAAAACAAUGGAGAUGAAAGUGCGGAGAGCAAGAAACUUGCUACAGCGUUUGUUUUCGGACGAAAUGUUGGGAGUCAAACGUCUUCAAGAAUGGAUGGAUGCAGAAAAGUCACCAAAGUUUACACGACGUCAGGCAAUCGUGAAAUUACGGGAGGUUUUCCCCUACCGAAUGGAACUGCAUGCUGGGAGCUACAAACUGUUGGGAUUGAGAGAAGCGGACAGAAGAAUCGAAAAUGGGGAGAUCGAGAAUUGGCCAUCGGCAUCGCCACCUGGAUACUCCUCAGACGAGGAGCAAUUGGAGACCGAGAUGGAAUUUGGGCGAAAGCGGCAGCGUUACGACGAAAUGCCUGCCGGGAGAAGUUUGGAUCAGAUGUACGAAAGCCUCAAGAUGAAAAGAUCGGAAAAUUUGCGUUUCUAA